CUUAUAAAUACAUAGCUCUAGUUUUGGAUUGGAUGAGUAUAACUAGGAAGCAUCCGCAUCCCAUUUCCUUAGGAACAUAUCUGAGUUUGAAGUGAUUAAAAAAUAAGAGGGAACUAUAAUAUUGAAUAAACUAGAAAUGGGAAGAUCUCCAUGCUGUGAUGAAAGUGGUUUGAAGAAAGGUCCUUGGACACCAGAAGAAGAUCACAAGCUUGUUAACUACAUUCAAAAACAUGGACAUGCUAGCUGGAGAGCACUUCCAAAACUUGCAGGACUCAACAGGUGUGGCAAAAGCUGCAGGUUAAGGUGGACAAACUACUUGAGGCCUGACAUUAAAAGAGGCAAGUUUUCCCAAGAAGAAGAACAAACAAUUCUUGACCUCCAUGCCAUCCUUGGGAACAAAUGGUCCACGAUUGCAAGCCACUUGCCGGGGAGGACAGAUAAUGAGAUAAAGAAUUUUUGGAACACUCAUCUGAAGAAGAAGUUGAUUCAAAUGGGUUAUGAUCCAAUGACACACCAGCCUCGAACUGAUAUCUUCUCAGGCUUGUCCCAUCUCAUAGCCUUGGCCAAUUUGAAACAACUCUUGAACCAUCAGCUGCCAUGGGAACAAAAUGCUCUGAGAUUACAAGCAGAGGCCAUUCAACACUUACAACAACAACAGCACCUCCUGCAGCCACUAUUAAUAACUGAGGCUGAGCCUAACACAACAAAAAGCAUAAACACUAUUAAUCAUCUUUCAAUUGAUUACUACUUUGAAAACACCAUCUCAUCUUUUGGAAGUGGAAAUCUUCAAUUUAUGAAUGAUUUUUCUAUCCCUUUCUCUCCAAUGCCUGAAUUGAAAACACCGCCUUGUUCUUCCUAUGAACCGUCAUUAAGUGAGGACAUGAUCCAAGCCCCUCAUGAUGAAUGCAAAGCGUUUUGUGAUGAAGAUGGUCCUCCCAAUUCUCAGUGGCUUCCUUCAUGCUCUGCCUCAUCUUCUUCCCAUGUGGUUCCAGUACCUGUGACAGAGAUUUCAUUGACUAAUAAUAAUAUGGCUGAUAAUUGCACUGCUUCUUCUAUUUGGCCUGAGCUCUUGCUAGAGGACCCUAUGUUCAAUGGGAUUGCUUUAGAUUGAAAUUACCUUGUCUAGUCUUACAACAUUUACCCUUACAAAGCAUAUUGUGUUCUUGUUUAUACAAUGUUAGUUGUUAUGAGUUCUUUGUAUUAUUUUGGUGUUCAUUCUUGUAAUUUUCAACUUUCUUAAGGAAAGAUUUUAGAAGAAGGUAAAGGGGUGGAAAGAGAAGUCUUUGUUGUCUCAAGCAGGAAGGGAGGUUGUUGUUAAAGCGGUGACUCAAGCAAUUCCUUUCUAUGUUUUGUCAUUCUUGAUAGACUUUGUGACCAAAUUGAGAGCAUGAUAAGUAAGUUUUUUGGGGAGGGGUUGUUUCUCGAAGGAAUUUGCAUUGAGCUAAGUGGGAAAAGCUUUGUUGUCCCAAUGAGGAUAGGGUCUUGGCUUUCGUGACUUCAAAUUUUUUAACUUAGCUCUUGUGGCUAAGAAGGUGAAUGAUUUUUAGUCUUCUUUACUUGCCCGGGUUUUUAAGGCGGUCUACUUUCUUGGUUGUGACUUGCGUGGUGCUAAAAAAGUUACAUACCAAGUUAUGUUUGGUAUAGUAUUUUGAAGUCUAGUUAGAUCUUUGAAUGAGGGGAUUCGUGGAAGAUUGGUGAUAGUAUGAGAGUUAAUCUUUGGUUUGAUUGCUCAGGAUUGUGACAAAAAGGUCUUGGCGUCUACUUCUUCUUUUCCUGUUCAAGUUUAGUCAUUAGGGUUGGCGAGACCCUUCGCUUUCGCUGGGCCUGGGCUAUGCUCCUUGCGGUGGAUCUUGGAUUCAAAUUUGUUUGCUUUGAGACAUAUUGCUUCCAUCUUUUUCAAUGGUAGAGAUGACCUAUUGUGGACUCUUACUAUUAAGUUCUACUUAUUUAGAAUUGUCAUUUUAUUUCUUAUAGAUCUAUUCAUGUUGAUAUUUUAUUUAUUGAUAGAAAU